AUGACAGAGCCACGCGGCAGUGCGGAUACGCUCGAAGAGAUUGACGAUCCUUCCGAGCUUCUACAAAGGCCCCUCGAGCCAGUUCCGCUCUUCAGGGCUCCUUCACCAUCAUCGCCAGACACGACGGAAAAGAAACGUGUUCUGCCGCCCGGCUUCGGGCCCUCCUCGUCCUACGUGUCAUCGAAUGGUAACCCUACAAGCACUUCCCGCUCGAGGAUCUGGCAGCCAACUCCAUCGUCCUUUUCUGAGGGAGGCCAUGGCAUGAUCAUAGGAGGCAGCGGAGCGCGCGUUCCAACACAGUUCCUCGAUCAAAACGGUGGCUUCUCCAGACAGCAGUCGACCAACGGCACUCACCCUGCUGCAGGUCCAAGCACCACCACCGCCUAUCACCCAUCUAUACCUGGCUCGUAUCCCUAUCCCUCAGGCAGUACCGAGAGUCUGCCGAAGCCUGAUUCGACAACCCAGAGGCGCUUCAACGACAGAACCACGAUCGACCUGACCUUGGACAGCGACGACGAAGAGGACGAGCGGGCAAAUGAGGCAGCAAUGUCACCCACAAACCCCGUCAGAUCAUCUGCUGGGCCUUCCAGGCUGCCCCUUCCGCAGGGCAGUAAUGGACCUAGCAUCACAGCCGCCAGCACAUCACGACCUGCCGCACCGCUUGAAGUCGACGAUGAUGACGAGCCGGUCAUCGUGUCCCACAAGCGGCCUACGCCAGACGAAUUCGAGAUUGACCACAUCAAAUCCAACGCAAUCGUCUGCGCCGGCAUGAUCAAUGCAGUCGUCCUCUGCAUGCACGGCCUGCCGCAGGCGCUCACAUUCAACGGCACGAUCGCCCAAGAACCACCAGCGGAUCCCAACUUUAGCCGUGAGAGCUGGCCAACAGCGUCUCGGUUCUGGACUGAGCCAGGUUACAGACCGGUGAUGCUGCACCUGUCAAACCCAGUCAACUUGCCUCCAGCGCACUGGGCGCUACCGAAUGGGUGGAGCUAUACUCCCACGCCGGCACAACGUCCCGAUAUCAAUGUCAGUGUACUGGUACCGCCGCGCGCAAGAUUCCCACAAUUGUCGGUGGACGAGGCCAACAAGCAUGGCCCAGCUAUGGAGCCAGCGUUUGGUUCGCUUGCCGACAAGUACGUAUCUUCGAUGGAGCCGCUGCUGCGCAACAACAAGAUCCGCUGUGAGGCGCGCUGUCGUGUCGUGCCCAUCGGUCGAGCGCAGAAUUUUCUGCACUACCUCGAGAUUCUCGUCUUUGCACGUCGCCCUGACCUGCAGCUAAUCUCGGACCGCUUGUCUGCAAGCGGCAUCCAGUUGGAGCAUCCUACAUCGUAUCAUCCGGAGGAUUACCCUACCGAACCACAGUAUACAAACCCGCACAAUCCGCCCGCAGGAGGCAUGCGGAAUGAUGCUAUGGCGGGUAUCUACGACGGCAUCUAUCGUGGCGCGGGAAUGGGUACCAGCGUCCAAAAUCGCGAGCUUUCCGAGAAGGAGAAAAAGGCGCAAGUCGAUGCUAUUUACUCCAGCAUUCGCAGCGGCGAGGACUUGGCAGCUGUCGAGCCCGUCGACCUCAUCUCAACCAAGCUGUUGCAGCAUCAGAAGCAGGCGCUUGGCUUCUUGCUCAACCGCGAAAAGGAUCGACGGUGGCCAGAGCUGCUGCUGGAGCCGCCUGUCGACGUAGACGGAGUCGACCAAGAUAAGAAGCCCGAGGCGGUCAAAUCCGAGACAUCCCAAGGCAGACGCAAUGGCUCUGGCUCCAGCAGCGACGUCGGGCACAGGAAAGGGAAAGCAAAGCAAGGCGACGGCGUCGAAGUCGACGAGGACUCAAUAUCGCUGUGGAAGGUGCGUAAGGGCCUCAAUGGCAAGGUGCGCGCGUGGCGCAACCUCAUCACCAAUCGAGAGACCAUGACGCAGCCCCGUAUCUGCCGUGGCGCCAUCCUUGCCGACGACAUGGGUUUGGGCAAGACCAUCACCACGCUCGCCCUCCUCGCUCAUACUCUAACAGAUGCUAAGGCGUUUGGCGCCUCCAAGGUGGAACGCGAUCCUAAAGUGGAGCUUGCCGAGGCAUUGCGAAUAGCAAACGUCUCGAGUGAAGCGGCUUCUCGCGAGUUGGAGAGGCGCCAGGGAGAUGGCAAAGUCAAGGGCCACGGCAAGCGCAGGCUGAGUGAUUCCGACGAAUUCGAGAUGGACGUCAACAAAGGGGAUGAAGACGACGAUGAUGAUGGGGAAGGCACACCGUCCGUCUCGCUCGCCGUUCAUGGCGCCCCUCCCUCUGCCAAGUUCGGAUCCGCGAAGGGCAAAAGGUCCAAGCCGAAGAAGGACAAGAUCGACCCGGAACUCGUUCGCCGCCAACACCUCGAGCGUCGCAGUCGCGCAACUCUCAUUGUCUGCCCUGUGUCCGUCAUCUCAAAUUGGGAGGAACAAAUUAGAGAACAUUGGGUGAAGCAAAAGCGGCCCAGGGUCUACAUCUACCAUGGCCCAUCGCGAGCCACCAACAUCAAGUGGAUUGCGGAUCAUGACAUCGUCCUCACGACAUACUCGACGCUUGGCUCAGAGUUUUCGAAUCAGUCGACGUGGGCCACAGAUGAUUCUCGCAGCGAUGGAAAGAAGCGCGGUGGCAAGAAGGAUGGUUCGCCAGACUCUGACCGUGCCGAUGACGAUGGGGAGGACGAAGAUGACGUCUUUAUGGUCAACGAGAACGGCAUCCCCAUCGAGGGUGCGGCCAGCGAGGCGAGUGAGGGCAAGAAGGGCAAGAAGCUCAAACGCAAGCCCGCAAAGGAGGCUCUGAACCCUUUACAGCGCAUCGAGUGGUUCCGCAUCGUCCUCGACGAGGCGCACCAGAUCAAAGGCGCAGGCACCUGGCAGUCCAGGGCAGCUUGCAACCUGUCAGCGCAGCGUAGACUUUGCCUCACGGGCACUCCGAUCCAGAACACGAUCAACGAUCUCUUUGCAUUAGUCAAGUUCCUGCGACUCGACCCGUUCACGGAUCGAGCCAUCUGGAACGAGUUCUGCGGCUUCCGCGAAAAUCUCCAUCUCAGGACAAAGGCGAAAGAGGACGGACCCAUCGACACGGCCAACAUCGGACACGUUCAGAUUCUCAUGAAGUUUUUGGCGCUGCGCCGUCAGAAGACGACCAAGACAGCCGAUGGCAAACAGCUCUUAAGUCUGCCGCCGAAGCUCGGUAAGACCGAAUACCUCGAAUUCGAAGAAGCCGAAAAGGCGCGAUACCAAGCCCUGCACGCUCGCUACCAGGAAGAGGUCGAGGAGAUGAUGGCCAAGGAUUCCAUAAACAACAACUACGCGACCAUUCUUCACGAGAUCCUCAACCUUCGCAUGACGUGCGAUCAUCCUUCUAUGGUCGAUGCGAGCAAGGAUGCGAAGCGCAUGGGUCGAGGCGCCGAUCUGUCGGAAGCAAUCAAGCAGGACGGCCUCAGUCGCGAGCGAGCUGCGAUCCUUUUCAUUCUCUUCCGCGACAGCGAGAUGGCGUACUGCUCCGAAUGCCAGACGGAUCUGUCGACCAGCAUCGACGGAGAUACGAUGGGCAACGAUGCUCAGGAGCUCGCCGAUGCGCUCAACGAUGCAGCUUCCGACUCGCGCAACGGCCACGGGUCGCGCAAACGGACCAAGAUCGAACCUGGAUUUGGCUCAGAGACAGCAAGUGCCGUGUCGGCGACGACCUCUAGAAACGGUUUCGAGACGCCAGCGGGGAGGCCAGUGCGUCCUGUGGUAACUCGAUGCCAGCACAUCUUUUGCUCAACUUGCUUUCGCCGCACCAUCGGCUUUCCAUGGCCUGACGUGGCCGCCUCAGAUGUGGGUCACUGCCCAACUUGCACCACCUCGCUGAACCUCGCGCUGGAUGCCAUCGAGCUGGAUCCAUCUGACUUUGCCGGGCUCAACGACGAUCAAGCGGAACGCAUGGCGGACGGAGACAGCGAUUUCAUCGACGACGAUGUUGCUGCUGAAAGACGCUCCAAGAAGAAGAGAGGUGAAGAUUCGGACUCGGGUGAGCUCGUGGACAACUUCGACUGGGGCAGCGAUGAUGACGACGACGACACAAAAACCGAAGCAAAGCGAGAGAAGGCACCGCGAAAGAACGGCCAGGCGAAAGGAAGCAGCCCCUCGAGUCGUCCGCGUGGAGAUUUCUCGCUCGAAGGCAGGAAGGAUCUGUCGACCAAGAUCCGAGCUCUCAUCACCGACUUGCUGCCGUUUUCCAAGUGCAACCCUCACUCGAAUCUGUUCGAUCCACUGGCGCCUCGUCUGAUGCAUAUCGACCCUUCGACGUCGGAGGACGCAGAGGUGCGCAAGGCGGAGGAUCCUGUGGUGGUGAUUCAGAGACCGCCGCCGGCUGUCACCUCGGGCGGCCUACUUGGAAAGCUGGACCAGUCGCUGGAUGCACUCGAUUCGUACGACCCAGUCAAAAGUGUCGUGUUCUCGCAGUGGACGAAGAUGCUGGACCGCAUCCAGAAGUCGCUCAAAAUCACGGGCAUUCGCUAUACCCGGCUUGAUGGAACCAUGAGGCGCCCCGAUCGUACGGCUGCCUUGGAAGCUUUCCGGACUGACCCAAGCAUCGAAGUGCUCCUCGUGUCGCUGCGCGCUGGUGGCACAGGUCUCAACUUGGUCUCGGCAUGUCGCGCUUACCUCAUGGACCCUUACUGGAAUCCAGCGGUGGAGAAUCAGGGGCUGGACCGAGUACACCGCAUGGGUCAGACGCGCCCGGUCAUCACAACCAAGUACAUUAUGCGUCACAGCAUCGAAGAGAAUAUGCUUCGAUUGCAAAAGCGCAAGAUGAUGCUCGCCGAGAAGGUGGGCAACAAGCGUCAAAUCGGUACUGCGGCCGCGUCGGGUGCGACGGGUGCUCAGGCAAGGCGAGACGAGAGGAGGGAAGAGCUGAAGAUUCUGUUUGGCACGUCGAGCGGCGGAGUAGAGUUGUGA